AUGGUCUACAAUCAGCUAAUUGGAGAGCAGCAGAAGUUAAAUUGGGUGCCAGGAGUAUGGAAUAGAGUGUUUAUUAAGCAUAGAUUUAUUUUAUGGCUAGACAUACAAGGAAGGCUGCAGACUAGAGAAAAACUUCACAAGAUUGGUGUUAGUCAGGAAGAUGUUUGUUGCAUUUGUGGUUUGCAAACGGAAACUCAUGAUCAUUUGAUGUUCAACUGCAUAUAUAGCCAGAUAUUAUUGGCCAAGGUUUUGAUAUGGUUGGGGUUCAACUACAGACUAAGGACCUUACCUCAAUGGCUAAUGUGGAUCCAAAGAUCUUAUAAAGGAUUAAGAACAAGAAAACAGGUGUUGCUUAUUGUGAUUACUGCUGUUGGCUAUCAGAUAUGGAGGACAAGGAAUCAGGCUUUAUGGGAUCAAGUUGUGUAUGAUGUAGAUAAAAUUUUUAAAGCUGUACAAUUUAUAGUUAAAUAUAGACUAUAA